UGUGUGUGUGUGUGUGUGUGUUAAUUCUGUCUUUUUAAAUUAUUGCAUCAUCACAUGUUUGUAUUGAUGUUUGUCUGUUUGUUUUCUGGCAGGUGAGGUGAGGAGGUGAACCUGAUUAACACCCAACACACCUGUGAAUAUGAACAAUGCAGAACGCACACCCUUGCUGGAGGGGUACAAGGAGGUGCCCCCCUCAUCCACCACCACACCUGCCGACCCGCCCACACCCUCGCUGCAGGACACAGCCACAUCAGCACCACUCCACUCCACACCUACAGAGGACAAGGUGGAUGGCGUCUUAUUCGGCAAUAGUCCACACCUGGCUGUAAGGGGCAACACACCUGACCAGGGGAUGGGGUGGGUGACGCCUCCCCCUCUGUACGGGGCGGAAGACCCCUUUGCCCCGCCGCAAGAAGCCGCCACGAAGGUGUACACACGCAGGUUCUGGAUCCUUGGCUGCUUCUCCUUCUUGGCCAUGUUCCAGUGCCUGAUGUGGAAUACAUGGGGCCCGCUCAGUGCCAGCAUGGACGCGGCAUAUCCCGGAUGGGGCAGCGGGACCGUGGCCAUGAUGGGGAACUGGGGCACCAUCACCUUUGUGGUCUUCGUGGCUCCCAUGUGCUGGGUGAUGAGCGCCCGUGGGCUGCGUAUGGGUGUGCUGGUGUGCUGCUCUCUCAUCGCAGCCGGUGUGGUGCUCAGGGCGCUGCCGCUGCUGGUGUCUGACAAUGCCACCUUCUUUACUGUGAUGUGCCAUGUGUGUGCCAUCCUGGUGGGCACGGCUGGCACCCUCGUCAUGGCAGCACCCCCCAUGAUCGCUGCUGUAUGGUUCCCCCCCAAAGAACGCACCACUGCCACAGCCUUCGCCCAGAUGUGCAAUGCCCUGGGCAACACCGGCAGUUACCUGGAGCCGCUGCUUGUGCAGGACCCGUCGUCGCCUCACCCGGGCCCUGAGGAGGUGCAGGAGAUUCAGGCAGACAUCAAGAGGCUCAUGUAUAUCUGGGCGGGUGUGGGUGUGGCGCUGAUCACAACGGUGUUCCUGUACUUCCCUGCCAAGCCGCCCAUGCCCCCUUCCCUCACAUCUCACGUGGAGAGGCUGGACUUCAGGGCGGGCGUGAAGAUCAUGGCCAGGAACUGGGAGCUCCUGCUGGUGACCCUGGCCUACAGCCUGUGUCUUGGGGUGCCAUCAUCCUGGGCCAGCGUCCUCAACUUCUCCUUGUAUGAGCUGGGCAUGACACAGAGUGAUGCCAUGUGGGUGGGAUUGGCCUCCACCUUUGCAUCUGGUCUGCUGGCGCUGGUGGUUGGGCGGAUGACGGACUUGGUGUACGGUUACAUCAAGCUGACAAUCCUCGUCUUCUUGGCCAUCAACCUCGCCCUCUUCUACUGGUUCUUCCUCCUCACGUGGGGCUCCAUCCCCGUCACUACCUGGCAGAUCUACAUGACGGUGGUGGGGGGGGUGGCCUUCAACUUUGGCACCUCCCCGCUGUUCUUUGAGCUGGCCGUGGAGAGUGCCUACCCCUGCUCGGAGGUGAUGGUGGGCGGCAUCAUGACCGCUAUGAAUAACUUUGUCGGACUCUGCUUCCUCUUCCUCUUCUUCAUCCCCUUUGAGAGCUACCAGUGGGUGACGUAUGUGCUGUUAGCCACCCUGGGAUUGUGUCUCGUUCCGUUCACGUUCGUCAAGGAGAACUACUCUCGCUCAAACAUUGACCGCGGGGAGCAUGCGUCUGCCUAUCAGCCCAUCUGACUAGCGGCCCCCCCACAGCAGCAUGACCUGACCCUGGCCACCACGACCUUGUUUGUUGUGGCGCUGCUGAUGCUGGUGCUGCCCUACAAGUGGUUGCUCGUCUCCCUGGCGGCGGUGUGUCUGGGUUGUGGCGCUCGUUGCCUCGUCAGUGAGUCCUUAGCUGUGUCGGUUGUUUAUUAUUGUUCUUGGUUGUGGUGCGGCCGCCGGUGGUUCUGUGCGUGCGUGUGUCUGUUUGUGUUUUUGUCCCUGUGUUUGUUUGUAGGCACGGGACCCAUUUAUUGAUUCCUUGCUGUAUUUUAAUUUUCUUAACCUAUUUAUUUAUCUCCUUACUCCUCCAUUCCUUGACCUGUCUGUCUGGGGCUGUGGCACUCUGCUCCCAUCAGAUAUUUUCCUUGAAGGGUGACCUUGGCAUUA